UGUUCCUAUUAUGGCGGCAGUUCUCGUUCGAAGAGGGAACCUUACAAGUAUCUGUCUUUUUAACCUUCCGAUUUUAAGAAGAAGGUACUGGUUUCGUUCUUGCGUCGAGAGUAACAAAGCAGCUACUUUUAAGGCUGAUCCAUUUCGGAAAUUUUUGAAAACAGUUCGCUUUUCCUCCUCUUUGGCCAUGAGCUCUCUCGAUUUGAGUGGAAUUUUCCCCCCGAUUGUAACGCCAUUUGGAGACAACGAAGGAGUGAACCAUGACAAGUUAAAAUAUAAUUUCAGCAAGUGGAACGAGAUACCAUUCAGUGGGUAUGUUGUUCAAGGAUCCAAUGGUGAAUAUGCAUAUAUGAGAGCUGAAGAAAAGAUUGAUUUAGUUCAUAAAGUGAGAGAACUAGCACCCAAAGGCAAACUUAUUUUGGCAGGAUCAGGUUGUGAAGCUACAAGGGAUACCAUAGAGAUGACAAAUAAAAUGGCUGAGGCAGGUGCUGAUGCAGCACUUGUUGUGACACCUUGUUUCUAUAAGAGUGGUAUGACUGCAGAAGCUCUUGAGAAACACUUCACUAAGGUCGCAGACAGUUCACCAAUACCAGUUAUACUGUACAGUGUGCCAGCAAACACAGGAAUUGACUUACCCGCCGAAUGCAUUAUUAAGUUAUCAUCUCACCCAAACAUUAUUGCUCUAAAGGACAGUGGAGGAGAUAUCACCAAGAUUGGUUACGUGAUCCACAAGACUGCUGGAAACAAUUUUCAAGUAUUGGCUGGAUCAGCUAGCUUUCUUUUGGCUUCUUAUUGUCUUGGUGCCGUUGGAGGCGUGUGUGCUCUCGCAAACGUUUUGGGAAGAGAAGUUUGCAAGCUACAUGAAAUGCAUAAACAUGGCAAAAUGGAAGAAGCUAAGCUUCUGCAGCACAAAUUAAUUCUCCCAAACACAGCGGUAACCAAGACAUAUGGUGUUCCAGGACUGAAGAAAUCUAUGGAGUUUUUUGGCCUCUACGGAGGACCCACGAGAUCUCCGCUCCUACCUCUGAAAGAGUCUCAAGAAGCUGAACUAAGAGACAUUUUCAAACUGUUUGGAGGAUACCAGGCAUAGAGAAGAAUUUAUUAACAUUCAAACCCCUAAGAGUGAUUAGCAUCUUAUUUCUCCUUACACUAUCAAUGUUGAAUCAAACGUUAAGGCCAUGAGAACAAGGAAAAUGCUCACCCAUCAGUGAAGCUCUUGAUUUUUGAACAAAUUUUCCAUGUCAGUGCCAUAGGAAAUGUAAAGAGAACAGUGUGGAGGAUAUGGAUACCUAUCCUAGGGUUUUAGGGUCGAAGACAAUUUCCAUACACUGAAUAUAAAUGAAUCUUAAUGGUAGCUAGUUUAUUUUUAUAAGUAUUGAGACCUGUAAUAGAGAAAUUCGGCUGAACCCUUUUAUAUGGGGAAAUUUGACAAAGUGAAAUAAUAUAUUUUUAAAAGUGAGGUGCUUUCAUGAUUAAGAUAGUAUAGUCGACGUUGACUUCGAUGACGUUAUGGCUUCCGCUACAAA